AUGUUGCACGGGGACGGCAGAGGAAGGGCGUUUCAAGUACCCGAAACGUCCCUGGCACGGGGAUGGUAUGGGGACGGUCGGGGUACGUACCAGGGAUGUGUCACGGUGGCAGGGUAUGAUCAACUAUACAGGGGACGUUUUGGUGCUCGCUGGGGACAUUUCGGGGAUGGCCUUAAGAAAAUCUUGAACAUAUCGAACGAGAGAACGACGAGAAAAUUGUUUGUCGAGACUUUGGCUGAGAACAGUUCUCAACCCCCUCAUCUUGAAAUCGAUAUUGAUGACUAUGUUGGUGGAGAGAACACAAGUGGAAAUUACUCUGCUUUGUACAAUAAUUUAGAGAAAUUAGUGAAUGGUUUGGAAAAAGAAGUAAUAUCCAAGUUAAAUUUCUCAGCAGUUGACCCUCCAAGUUCAGCAAAAGGUGAAGGAUCGAGGUCCAAUCAUCCUGGUGUUACAGUUAAUGAACCAAGAGGCCCUCAAAUCGAUCCUUCAGGGUAUCUCUUGUUUUCUCCUUUGCGAUUUUGGAUUUAA